AUGGAAGAUGAGCUUCUGGAAGUCCGUGAUUCCUUCUACGUGGGAGCUUAUUCGAGAUCCCUGCAGCUCUCGGAACAAACAGCUGUGAGCUCCGAUAUGGUCGCAGCCGAGAAGGAGGCUCUCAACGCUAGGUGCUAUCUAGCAGCUGGUAUGUUGGACCACAUCAAAGGCAUGCAGCACAGUCCUAACCCAGCUCUAAAGGCUACUGCUUUGAUGGCAGUGUUCCUCCGAACCCCUCACGAAAACCAGCGCAAGACGGCACUUGAUCGUCUACAGGAGCUGGCCACUACUACGAAGGAUCCGACUGCUCUGUAG